AUGGAUGGCAGUCAUGAAGAUGAACAAUCGGAGCUCACAAUCUGUAAAACGGAAAUAAAUCUUGAUGAGACACAUGCAUCAAGUAUUCAUACCGAUGAGGAACCCUUCAAGAGCAGUAAUUUGGAAGCCCACGAACCGGAGCACACAGAAAAUUCGUUCACGUGCGACGUAUGCGGCAAGAAGUUCAAACGUAAAUCCAGCGUGAAAGUUCACAUAGCGGCGGUGCACUCAAACAAACCACUGUUCAAAUGUGAUCUUUGCCCUAAAGAGUUCGCCUAUAAAACAAGCUUACAAAGCCACAUGGUAGUGCACAGCAAUGUAAAACCGUUCGAGUGCAACAUCUGCGACAAAAGAUUUUGCAGUAGUUCCAAGCUCGCGACGCACACUCGCACCCAUACCGGUGAAAAACCUCACGAGUGUGACGUGUGCGGGAAAGGGUUCGUUCAAAAAAUUCAGCUUCGCACGCACCGGUUCGUCCAUUCGAGCGAACGACCCUUCAAGUGCAAGUUAUGUGAAAAAAGCUUCAGCUCACCGUUUUACCUUAGGGAUCACGAGCGGAGAUAUCACGACACCCAACGCCAAUGGUACAGCUGCGAUGUGUGUGGAAAAAUCUGUCCGACCGGCAAAGAUCGUGAAAUGCAUGCGAAAGUUCACCGUGGUGAGGAACCGUACAAGUGUGCUACUUGCGGCAAAAACUUUGCCAGUUCCUCUUACUUGCAAGCCCAUCAGAGGCGUCACACCGGGGAAGAUCUGUGGAAGUGCGAGUACUGCGAAAGGGAGUUUCUGUUCAAAAACGUUUUGCGGCGCCACAUGGAAAUACACAAAACCCUGCCCACGGGUCAGCGUUGGCGCAAUGCAUGUGACAUUUGCGGUAAAACAUUCGUCCGCGAAGCGGGCUUGCAAAGUCACAUGGCAGCCCACACGGGGGAGGCAUCGUUCGACUGCAACAUUUGCGAUAAGGCUUUUGUGCGCAAGAUAGACUACAAACGGCAUAUGGUGGAGCACGGGUUCGGACUGUCGCACCAGUGCAGCAUCUGCGGGAAGGUAUUUCUCUCCCAUCACAGUCUGGAGGUUCACAGUCGCAUGCACACCGGUGAAAAACCCUUCACCUGUGACGUGUGUGGAAAGGCCUUCGGCCACAAGCACACCCGAGACCGGCACGUGCUGCAGCAUAACUUUCAAACGUUCUGAAAAACAACGAGCAAAUGUGGGCGAAGGAAAU